AUGGACAUCGCCGCCGGCCCCGAGUCCCUGGACCGCUGCUUCAGCCGGGGCCCGCCGGACCGCGCCGCGAUGCUGGACGGCAUCAAAGUGGAAGAUCGCCCGCUGCGCUCGGGCGCCGCCGCCCUGGGCGUGUUGCUGGGGUCCGAGUGUCAGAACCAGGCGGUUUGCGAGGGCUGCCAGCGGCCGAUCUCAGACCGCUUUUUGAUGAGAGUGAACGAGUCUUCCUGGCACGAAGAGUGUUUGCAGUGUGCAGUGUGUCAACAAGCCCUCACCACCAGCUGCUACUUCCGGGAUCGAAAACUGUACUGCAAACAGGACUACCAACAGCUAUUUGCUGCUAAGUGCAGCGGCUGCAUGGAAAAGAUCGCCCCAACAGAAUUUGUGAUGAGAGCCCUGGAAUGUGUUUACCACUUAAGCUGCUUCAGUUGCUGUGUCUGUGAACGACAACUGAGGAAAGGAGAUGAAUUUGUUCUGAAGGAAGGACAAUUGCUCUGCAAAAGUGACUAUGAAAAAGAGAAAGACUUGCUGAGCUCAGUGAGCCCCGAUGACUCAGACUCAGUUAAAAGUGAUGAUGAGGAUGGAGAUGUUAAACCAGCCAAAGGACAAGCAAACCAAGGAAAAGGGAGUGAUGAUGGAAAAGACCCAAGGAGACCCAAACGACCAAGGACAAUACUUACAACACAGCAGAGAAGAGCAUUCAAAGCAUCCUUUGAAGUGUCUUCAAAGCCAUGUAGGAAGGUCAGAGAAACGCUAGCAGCUGAAACAGGACUCAGUGUGCGAGUUGUCCAGGUCUGGUUUCAGAACCAAAGAGCAAAGAUGAAGAAACUAGCACGGAGGCAUCAGCAGCAGCAGGAGCAGCAAAAUUCUCAGCGACUAGGGCAAGAAGUAAUGUCCAACCGAAUGGAAGGGAUGAUGACAUCUUACACACCACUUGCACCACCACAGCAGCAGAUUGUAGCAAUGGAUCAAAGCAGUUAUGGCACGGACCCAUUCCAGCAAGGUCUUACCCCUCCACAAAUGCCAGGAGACCACAUGAACCCCUAUGGAAACGACUCCAUUUUUCACGAUAUCGACAGUGAUACCUCUUUGACUAGCUUGAGCGACUGUUUCCUUGCCUCCUCAGAAGUUAAUUCCAUGCAGGCUAGAGUAGGAAACCCCAUUGACAGGCUGUACUCUAUGCAGAGCUCGUAUUUCGCCUCAUGAAAAUAAUAAUAAUAAAACAAACAAAUAGCUGGCGUAUCUUUAGCAAGGGACUUUUUGCAGAGCAGACUCUACAGCCAUAUGUUGCCCAGCUCUUCCUUCGCAGUGACUCCUGCCGCCUCUGGACUGCCACGAGCGUUUUUAGGAGGACCAUAUAUUAAAUCAAUCAAUCAACCCACCAGUCCCUCAGCCCUCCUCCCCCAUACACAUCCUCAGUUAUCCAGCUUGGACCAGGCCACGAGAAAAGCAUGGGACGAGUGGAACACCCAGCUCUCCAGCAGACCUUGGUUUGGUUUGAGCUCCGCAUUGUAAAGGAAAGGACGGUGUGAAAAGCUCGACCUUUUUCCUCCUUUCUUUCUUCCUUUCGUUUGGAUAUUUAACCUUUUUUUUAAAAGCCACUGACACUGACAUCAGUCGACCAUAUGACAAAUAAAUCAAAGAAACUGGAGCCUCCUCCCCUUUCUUACUGCAUGACUCAUACUAUGUUGUGGAUAAAUUGCCAUUUGAACUGUGAGAAGUUAAUGUAAAUGUGACGUUCAACAUUUGUUUCCUUUCUACACUUUUUCUACAUAACCCUCGGUCUGCUCCUUAGUUUAUAGCCCUUAUACUGUAUGAUACUUAGAAAAACUGGUUAACAAGAAGCCUUGUGGUGAAGCCAGUGAUUUCAUAAUUGAAAAAGGUCUAUGACCCUGGAGAGAAGCUGCAUGUUAGGGACAGAUGCAUUUAGAUUAGUAUUAAUCUUGAAUAAUUAAAACAAAAGGUGCUUACACGACACAGAGCUUUAUUUAAUUUUUAAUGUGUGAGAAUAAACAUUUACUUUUAUUUGUAAGAAAUUCAGUGCCAACUUUCAAGCCUAGCCUGUGAUUGGCAACCACGUGUUGUUCAUUCUGUUCUGUUUAUUUAGGUUUUGCAUGAGACAUAAAUGUGCUACGCUCCAUUGUCCAUCUGGAAUAAGUAAAACGUCCUUUAAUUAAUUUUCUUCCUUUGUCAAGGAAAGCACAGGAUCUAAAAUCCUAGCCCAGGCCCUGAGAAGUGUCCUUGAAAUGUGCACCAAGUGACAAAGAACACAGAGAGCAUGAGGCUCUGUCACGAGCCUGAGCCUGAUCUCACUUAUGCAAGUUUCACACUGAUGGGACUCUAUUGCCUCCAGUAGUUACUCCAGACCUACGCUAGAAAAAUGGGAGGAGACCUGGGCUCAUUAUGCAGAGAUAAAGACGACUGUCUCAACAGCCCUUU